GGACCCUUUGACCCCUCAUAGAGGCACGACGGAACAAGCCUAUCUUCUUCGACUCUUCGCAACACCUCCUCGAUUGCUCGCAACGCCGCCGUGAAUCAUGUACUCGGAUCUCUCGGAAUGGCGGGCCGAUUAUUGUGGGAGAUAUCAAUAUGGAGCUGCUGCUGCUACUUUUCUAUCGCUAUUCGCCAAACGUCUAGCUUUUUGGGAGGACAGUGAUUUCUACUUCAAACUGGACGAAGUCAGAACUUCCUGCCAGCGAGAUACGUACCUAGACUUGGUAUAUCUCCUAAUUCAACUGGACGAGCGAUACAUCGGACACAGAGUGGUGGUGUCCGCUAUGACGAUCUUAUAUGCCAGGGAGAUACCCGCUCUAUACGCAUGCGAGAAUUGCGCUCGUGCAGGAUCAAGGUGUUACAGGGGCAUAGCUCUUGUUUACUUGCUGACAAAAAUAUAUGUUGAUUCUACUAGUUCUAGUAGUGACGAGGAUGUCCGCUGCUCCCGUUGUUACCACAAAGACAUUCCCUGCUGGUUCAUCCACGGCUCUACUCGCCUCCUCUGCCGAAUCGAGGCAGAGGUAGAUAAGGGGCUUAUCGCUAAACCUGUGACUGUGGAAGGUCAGACGUACAAGUCGUGGAGAGAUUUGCUUAUUGGACUUAGCGAAGGUUGGCGACUCUGGUACUUCUCUUGGGAUCGACAAUGGCUAGAGGACUUUCUCUCGAUGGCGACUACGGGGGUCAGAGAGGAUGGGACGUACCACGUCCGAUUGCGCGAUUUCGAGGCAAGGCAGGCGGAUGAUAUUGCUAUGGGAAAGGCCGUGGAGUCCGAAGAGAGACAAGCCGAGAGUGCAGAGGGAAGGCAGGAUCUUGGAGAGGUCGAGAGGGGUCAGGGCAAGGGGAAACAGCGCGAGGAUAUGGAUGUCGUGGUGGACAAUGCACCCCGACAGAGCAAACGGAUUCGCGAGGAGUCGGAGCCGCCUUCCUCUAAGCGAUACAAGGCGGUCGACACUCGUGCGGUCUCUCACAAUUUCAAUCGCUUGUCACUGUCGGAUCGAGCAGGGGCACCUUUUCCACAAGAUGCUGCAGACACGGCGAACAGUUCAUCUCGACAACUUGCACUAUCCGAUGCGAACAAGCAUGCCAUCGAACAUUAUCGGGGUGUCCUGAUGGCCGGGCUUGGAUCUCGCUUCGAGGAAGAGAGAGGACCUGCAUUUCGUACAUGGCUGGACAAGACCAUGGACGGAUACGAAAGGCUUAUUACGACUGACUGGGAAGGGGUGGAGAAUGUGAACGAGGUCAUGAUGCAGGGAUGGACGGCAUUCUUCAUGCAGGCCUUGCUCUCGCAGCCGCGGAGUACUUGACGCGAUCGAGGUCGACAGAGAGGCGCAUGUAUGAGCUGUCGAGCGAUCGAAUGCAGGGUAUCCAAAACAAUCUCUAUAAUGCUGAAGACGAGUCACGAAUCAACAAGUAG